GCCAUCGCUCUUGUCGCGUAGGCUAACUGUGGAUUUUUACUUAUGCUACCCUCAGUGCUUCUCAAGCGAAGGAGCGAGAAGCGUCAUGGCAAAGAAAAAAGGCAAAAGAAGGAAGAUGAAAUACCUCAGGUUUGAGUGUUUCCCUCCAGCUUACCUUUUAGGCAGAAGAUGAAGACGACGAAGUACCUGAAGUUAAACAAGGACCAGUAAUCAACGCUAAUGGCGAGGAUGUUCGUAGCCGAAGCUGCCCAUAUUUAGACACAAUAAGUCGCAAUAUGUUGGAUUUCGAUUUUGAAAAACUAUGUUCCGUUUCCCUUUCCCAUCUCAACGUGUACGCGUGCCUUGUCUGUGGGAAAUACUUCCAGGGUCGCGGAACGUCCACACACGCCUACACACACAGUGUGAGCGAAGGACAUCACGUGUUUCUCAAUCUCGAAACCCAUCGUUUCUAUUGUCUCCCGGACGACUACGAAAUUAUCGAUGGUUCACUGGAAGAUAUUACCUAUCUUCUAAAUCCUAUCUUUACCGCCGCCGAAAUCUCCUCUCUGGACACAAAUAAUCGUAUGGUUAGAGCCUAUAAUGGACUUACCUAUUACCAAGGCGUUGUCGGCUUGAACAAUAUCAAGGCGAACGACUACUGCAAUGUGAUACUACAGAUGCUGGCUCACGUCAGUCCACUUCGCGACUACUUCCUCAAUGCCGUCAACUAUCGGGGCAUGAGCACCACUUCUAGUGAUCAAAUGCAUUUACUGGUACAGCGUUUCGGGGAGUUGAUUCGCAAGCUUUGGAAUCCACGUAACUUCAAGACACAUGUCUCUCCACACGAAUUCCUUCAGGCGGUCGUCUUAUGCAGCAGAAAGCGCUUUCAGUUCACCGAACAAGGUGAUGCCGUUGAAUUCCUCUCCUGGUUACUCAACGCUCUCGAUCUCGCUCUACAUCGGAAAAGGUUGUCGAUCAAACCCGGUUCAAAAGCGACUCCUGAGAGGACGGUAGUUUCACGUGCACUGCGCGGAACAAUGCGGGUCCAUAGUCGAAAGAUAAUGCCUGUAAAUAUGAGUGAGGAAGAAAAGGCUACUCUGGUUGACAACCCAGAGUACAUGCCGUCAACGGUGGAGACGAAAUUCUUCUACCUUACCUGUGACCUUCCACCCCCGCCGUUGUACCUGGACGAAUACAAGGAAAGCAUCAUUCCUCAAGUGUCCCUGUCCACUUUACUGGCUAAGUUCAACGGAACCACGGAGAAAGAAUAUAAAACACACCGAGAUUCUGUAAUGCGUCGCUUCGAAUUGCGUCGACUGCCGCCUUACCUGAUUCUAUAUAUGAAACGGAUUGUGAAGAACAUUUUCACGUUAGAGAAAAAUCCGACCAUAGUCAAUUUCCCCAUAAAAAGCAUCGAUUUUGGGGAACUUCUGGAUGCGGAAUGUAGAGCUCACCAUAAGUACACCACGUACGAUCUGGUUGCAAAUAUUGUACAUGAUGGGCCACCUACUCCCGGUUCCGGAACUCACCGGAUUCACCUACUCCAUCGAGGUACAAACAAGUGGUUUGAACUGCAAGAUUUGCACGUGACCGAGGUACUUCCUCAAAUGAUCCCACUCAGCGAAACGCUGAUACAGGUUUGGGCUGUGAACAAAUCAAUUUUGAAUCCAACUUACUCCCCGUCAACACCGGCUGUAGCUGGCGAAACGCAAGUGGAUGAAACUAAAGCCAACGGAGGACCAGAAUCGACAGAAGCGCAGGAGCAAACUUGACUGCUUUUACCUGCAACUGUACACACAGUUUCCCAUAAUUUUGAUAUAUAAUGUUUUUG